AUGACUAAAGUCCUGGCCGCUAUAGUCCAGAAAGACCAGCCACCCCCAGAAGGCACUCAAACAACACGCCCUCCCAGGCGGCACUUAAAGAUCAAUGCGUUUAUUGUAAAGAAAAAGGCCAUUGGAUACGAGAAUGCCCCAAGAAGAAACAACCCCGCCCCAGCCAAGGACAAUGUAUCUGAAAAAUCAUCCUGGGUACAAGGGGCCACCGGAAUAAAGAAGUACCCCUGGACAACUCAGAGGACUGUGGAUUUAGGAACUGGGAAGGUAACCCACUCUUUCCUGGUCAUUCCCGACAGCCCCUGCCCCCUGGUGGGGAGGGAUUUGCUUACCAAAAUGGGGGCCCAAAUUCAUUUCUAACCAGGAGGACCCACAGUGACUGACUUCCACAACCAACCCAUAUCUGUACUCACUGUUCAACUAGAAGAUGAAUAUAGACUCCAUCAGGAACCCACUCCUCUGGAUCAGGGCAUCAAGCCCUGGCUUCAAUGCUUCCCAGACGCGUGGGCAGAAACGGGUCGUAUGGGGCUAGCAAAACAUCUCCCAGCCCUAUGUAUAGAGGUCAAGCCCGGGACGGACCCCGUCCGCGUACGCCAAUACCCUAUGCCCGCGGAAGCCAAAAAUGGCAUCACACCGCAUAUCCGCCGCCUCCUUGACUUUGGGGUCCUACGCACCUACCACUCAGCAUGGAAUACCCCCCUGCUGCCUGUGUGAAAACCCAACAGUGGGGAAAACAGACCAGUGCAGGACCUGAGAGAAGUCAAUAAGCGGGUGGUGGACAUACAUCCAACCGUUCCUAACCCCUAUACUCUCCUGAGCGCCCUCAGCCCAGAAAAACAAUGGUAUACUGUUCUGGAUCUAAAAGAUGCUUUUUUCAGCCUACCACUAGCGCCUAAAAGUCAAGAGCUAUUUGCAUUCGAGUGGACAGAUCCAGACAAGGGCAUAAAUGGCCAGCUCACUUGGACCAGACUGCCACAAGGAUUCAAGAACUCUCCGACCCUGUUCGACGAGGCUCUACACGAAGAUUUAAGUGAGUACAGACAACACCCUAAUAUAACUCUCCUAUAGUAUGAUGAUCUCUUAAUAGCUGCCGAGACACCCGAAGCCUGCACCCAGGGAACCGAAGGUCUGCGAACUCUGGGAACCGCAGGCUACCAUGCCUCAGCAAAGAAGGCUCAGAUCUGCCAAUCAGAGGUAACUUACCUGGGCUACUUACUGACAGGGGGGCAACGUUGGCUAACGGAUGCCCAGAAGGGGACUGUCCUUCAUAUUCCCAGACCGCAGACACCAGACGCAUAUUCCCAGACGAGACAGGUGAGGGAAUUCCUAGGGUCGGCUGGGUUCUACAGACUAUGGAUACCAGGGUUUGCUGAAUUAGCAAAACCUUUAUACCAGGCAACAAAAGAUCAACAGCCCUUUAGUUGGACGGAAGAAGCCGAACAGGCCUUCCAACAAAUUAAAACUGCUCUGCUAUCAGCACCUGCCUUGGGACUUCCCGAUGUCUCCAAACCCUUCCACCUAUAUGUAGAUGAAAACCGAGGCAUAGCUAAGGCGGUGCUAACCCAGCAUUUAGGCCCUUGGCGCAGGCCAGUAACCUAUCUGUCUAAAAAGCUAGAUCCAGUGGCCCCCGGAUGGUCACCCUGUCUCCGGAUGAUUGCAGCCACUGCCCUAAUGGUAAAGGACGUUGAUAAGCUGACCAUGGGCCAAGAGCUACAAGUCACCACCCUGCAUGCCAUCGAGGGCAUCCUCAAGCAGCCUCCUGACCGAUGGCUGAGCAAUGCCCGACUCACUCAUUACCAGGGACUGCUGUUGAACCCCCUCAGGGUCAUCUUCACCCCCCCAAUGGCCCUGAACCCAGCAUCACUGCUGCCAGACCCAGACAUGGGAACCCCACUUCAUGACUGUGCCGACAUACUGGCUCAAGUUUAUGGGGUCCGGGAGGACUUGCAGGAUCAGCCAUUAUCGGACGCAGACGCCAUCUGGUUUACCGACGGAAGCAGCUUCGUUCACCAAGGACAAAGGUAUGUGGGGGCAGCCAUCACUCCAGAGACCGAGGUGGUGUGGGCAGAAGGUCUACCCCCCGGAACCUUGGCCCAGAAGGCUGAGUUAAUAGCCUUAACCCAGGCCCUAAAGUUAGGAAGAGACCUCAAGCUAACCGUGUACACUGAUAGCUGAUAUGCCUUCACCACCGCUUAUGUACAUGGGGCGAUAUACAGAGAAUGGGGGCUCCUCACAGCUGAAGGGAAAGACAUCAAAAAAGAGAUUCUAGCCCUGCUAGUAGCCUUAUGGGAACCCAAAAAGCUAGCAAUUGUGUAUUUCCCAGGACACCAGAAGACAACCGACCCAGUUUCCCGGGGCAACAAUUUGGCCGAUCAGACUGCAAAAAAACAUAGCUCAGCCCCCAGUGCAAUUGCUGACCCUACAGCUUAUUCAGAAAGCUACAUUCAAUGGAUGAGUAAACUUCCUAUGACCUGAAUCAAAGAUGGCUGGUGGAGAGACUCAAAAAGCAACAUUAUACUCCCAGAUAAACUAGGAUGGAAAGUUCUAGAGUGGAUCCAUUGCAGCACCCACUUAGGUUCCCGGCGAAUGUUGGACUUACUGAGACAGACUGGACUAAAAAUCAGAAAUGUCUCUGAUAAGGUCGAUCAAGUAGUCACUAAAUGUACAGUGUGCCAACUCAACAAUGCGAGUAACAAUCCUCAGACAACAGGGGUAAGACAAAGAGGGAGCAGACCGGGGACCUAUUGGGAAGUAGAUUUCAUUGAGGUAAAACCAGGAAAAUAUGGAUAUAAGUAUUUGCUAGUUUUUGUAGAUAACUUUUCAGGAUGGACUGAAGCCUUUCCAACCAAGAAGGAAACGGCACAGAUUGUAACCAAAAAGAUCCUGGAAGAAAUCCUGCCCAGGUAUGGUUUUCCAGUAAUGAUAGGGUUAGACAAUGAACCUGCAUUCGUCUCUAAGGUAAGUCAGGGACUGGCUUCCAUACUUGGGGCUGAUUGGAAAUUACAUUGUGCAUACCGACCCCAAAGCUCAGGACAGGUAGAGAGAAUGAACAGAACAUUAAAGGAGACCCUAACCAAAUUGACCAUGGAGACUGGUGCUAGUUGGGUGGUCCUUCUCCCCUAUGCUCUGUUCAGGGUGCGUAAUUCCCCAUACAAACUGGGACUCACACCCUAUGAAAUAAUACAUGGUAGACCACCCCCCAUCAUCCCUAACCUAAAAGAUAACCUUGUCAAAGCUGAGAACGAUAAUAGUCUUGAAUUCUUGUUCUCCCUACAAGCCUUGCAGAGGGUCCAUGAAGAUGUAUGGUCCAAAAUAAAAGAACUCUAUGAGACUGGACCCCAACCUAUUCCACAUCAAUUCCGGCCAGGGGAUUGGGUCCUCAUCAAACGUCAUCGGCAGGGAACUCUGGAGCCCAGGUGGAAAGGACCCUUCCAGGUCAUCCUGACAAUGCUUACUGCCAUCAAAGUAGAUGGACUCGCCACCUAGAUCCAUUUCGCCCACACCAAACCAGGGACCUCCUGGACUGUUGAUCGGACUAAGGACAAUCCUUUAAAAUUGACCCUACACCGCCAACGGACUGAGCCGUAACUAUGGUACUUGCCCUCCUCUUGAUUGUUCUGCAAAUUCUGUCUGUAAAUCCAAACCCCCACAACCCCUAUAAUUUGACAUGGGAAAUUACUAAUUUAGAGACUCAUGAAGUCUACAACAAAACCCUAGGAAC